UGGGGGGGGGGGGAUGCGGUGUCUUCUCCCCUCCCUCCGUGGGUGCUGCCGUGUGGGGCAACACAGGGCUCCUCCCGGUGGGUGCUUCCGUGGUGGGAGGGGCGUGGAGGAGGGUCCCCCCCACACACACCCGUGGCGCAGGUGCCGGUGGCGGAGGGCAAGAGCGUGCAGCAGACGGUGGAGAUGCUCACCAGGAAGCUGGAGCUGCUGGGCGCGGAGAAGCAGGGGACGUUUUGCGUGGACUGCGAGACCUACCACACCGCUGCCUCCACCAUGGGCAACCAAGGGCAGACAGGCAAGCUGAUGUACGUGAUGCACAACUCCGAAUAUCCCCUCAGCUGUUUCGCUCUCUUUGAAAGUGGUCCCUGCCUGAUAGCAGAUGCCAACUUUGAUAUCCUUAUGGUGAAGCUGAAAGGCUUCUUCCAAAAUGCCAAGGCGAACAAGAUAGAGAGCCGGGGUACCCGCUACCAGUACUGUGACUUCUUGGUGAAGGUGGGCACAGUUACAAUGGGGCCCAGUGCCCGUGGAAUAUCUGUGGAGGUUGAGUACUGCCCUUGUGUGAUAGCCAAUGACUGCUGGAACCUGCUCAUGGAGUUCAUGCAGAGCUUCAUGGGGAGCCACACUCCUGGCAUCCCAUCCGUGUUCAGCACCAAGCACGACAGCAUCUACAGCCCAGCAGACACCAUGGUUCAGUACAUGGAGCUGUUCAACAAGAUCCGCAAGCAGCAGCAGGUGCCCGUGGCAGGAAUCAGGUGAAAGGGCUGCCUGAAGCUCUGUUUAAAGCAACUGCAUCCUCUUUCCUGCCUGCCCAUGUGGAUUAGGAGUCUCUCCAAAAAGCAACACUGGAGUCAGCCCAAGGUUUUGUUUGGUUGGAUUUUUGUGUUUGUUUUUAAUCUCUUUCUCCUGAUUUAAAGCAAAGGUCUUGAAUGCUAUGCGUAUUUCUUACAAUUCUCCUCUGUUUCUGAGCGUGUCUGUGAUCCACCCAUGGCGAUGAUGAUUCUAAGUGCAGUGCUUCAUGCAGGGGAUUAUUGUUUGCAUGCAGAAGGAGGAAAAGGGAGAAACUCCAGCCAAAUAUAUGCAAGGGUAGAGUUUCCUUGACUGUAAACUGCUACAGGAGAGAGAUUUUUAGAUAACCAUGUGAAAGCAUCUUGUUAUUUUUCACCAAAAUAAAAGCUGUAUUUUUGUGAGGA